GCAGGGGCGCAGGCGCGUCAUGGCGGCCGCGCGGCUCCCGCCGGGCGCGCUCACCCUCAGGCAGUUCCUGAGGCGGCAGCAGGUCCUUCAGCUGUACCGCAAGAUCCUGCGCGCCAUCCGGGACGUCCCUGCUGAGCAGGAUCGCCGCUACUUAAAGGACUGGGCCAGGGAGGAAUUCAAGAGAAAUAAGGAUGCCACAGAAGAGGAUGCAAUCAGGAUGAUGAUUACUCAAGGCAACAUGCAACUUCAGGAACUUCAGAGAACACUUAAGCUGGCAAAAUCAUGAUCAUCAUUUUAUUGACAGUUUAAUUUUUAUCUAUUGCAAAUAGACACAGUGUUUUUUCCAGAAUGUGGUUAAAAUGGCAGGCUUUGCUAGUAAUGUUUGAAGGAGGAAUCUUUCACAGCGGGAGUUUUAUUUUUUCCCCUUCCCCAUCAAUUUCUCAGUUUUGCUACCCUCAGAAGUGGAAAUCACUUGGACACAAAGGACAUUAAAGAACUGCAUGGAUGAUGUAGCAUGUGCUGCAGGAAAAGCAGAAAGCACCAAAAAUUACGACAGCUGUGUUAAUGCCAGUGCAAUGAAAAAUAAAUAUAUGCCAGAUUA